UGCAAAGCUCUUCGUCUUGCUUCCUUUCCUGAUAGGGCAAAACUGAAUUGGUUUGCACAAUUAAGUGGAGAGUUCCAUAAUUAUCUAACGUCUUUAACUGCUGCAUACCCUUCAUUUCUUAAACCUCCUGCAAUGUCUGAUGAAGCUCCAGAUACAACCAAUAGAAUUGAUGUAACCUCUUCUAAGGUUCGGGGUUUUCUGAAAAAGUUUGCAAAGAAGGCUUCAAAGAAUGGUGUUGAAAGCAAGCCAGCUUCAGUUUCAUCAUCUACUCGUGGUGAAAGAAGAAUUGGUCAAAAAAUAGGUUCAAUGCAUGAAGUAUCAUCAAUUGACGAAUCUGUAAAAGGUUCUUCAGAUAAUGCAUCAAACUACUCCCUGCAAGACCUUGUGCAACCUGGUUCUCCUACCACCAGCAAGAGUAUUCUUCAGAUUUUUCCUGAUUCAGUUUGUAGUGAGAAGAUUCUUAAUGACAGUGAAGGGACACUUUGUUGGAAUCUGUUGUUUUCACGGCUUUUCUUUGAUGCUAAAAGAAGUAUUGGGUUGAAUGAUGCUGUAAAAGCACGCAUUCAGACAUUGUCAAAUAUGCGAACCCCUGGUUAUAUUGGCGGUGUGACAUGCACUAGUUUAGAUCUUGGUGACCUUCCUCCUUUUAUUCAUAGAAUGAGGGUUCUUCCCGUGGAUUUAACUGAGGUAUGGGCAGUGGAAGUUGAUAUUGAGUAUUCAGGGGGUAUAGUGCUAGAUGUUGAAACAAGGAUUGAUGUUUGUGAGCAAGAACUGCAAAACGAGGAUUUGAAUAAGAGUUUAGGACUAAGUUCUGCCAGGGAGGUAACCUCGGAUCUUAUCGAGGAGACUGAUUAUAAUGGGAAACAAUUAGAGUUUCCAAGAAAUUCAGCAGAUCAGAUGGAGAAUAAAGAUGAAGGAGGAGAUAGAGUUGAUGGCUUGAAGCAGUCAAAGAGCACAAAGUGGGCAUCAAACUAUGCGUCAAGGUGGAAGGCUGCUGUAAAUUCUAUAGCUAACAGAGUUGCACAGGUCCCAAUUUCCUUGGCAAUAAGGGUUGCUUCUCUUCGAGGCACACUGCGAUUACAUAUAAAGCCGCCUCCUUCUGAUCAGUUGUGGUUUGGAUUUACAACGAUGCCCGAAAUUGAAUGGAACUUGGAUUCUUCAGUUGGGGACCAAAGGAUAACCAGUAGCCACAUUGCUUUGCUUAUUGGCAAUCGGUUUAAGGCAUCAAUUCGAGAUAACUUAGUUCUUCCAAAUUGCGAAAGCAUAUGCAUUCCAUUUAUGUUGGCAGAGAAGGAUGAUUGGGUUCCACGUAAUGUUGCACCAUUUAUAUGGAUCAACCAAGAAGCCAUGGAUAUGACAGGGCUUGAUUCAUCUAGCUCAGUGAGUGGGGAAGCUAGACCAUUGCUUGAUAGUAGCACCAGAACUAAAUCUGAUAAUAGCACCAGAACUAUAUCCGACAAUAUUACUAUUCCUGAUGACAAAGUGGAAACAAUAGAAGAUGUUGUACAUAUUCAGCCAAAACCCGAUAAGUCUGAGUCAAAGACUUCAGUUUCUACUAAUCGGUCGAUUGUUAGCUGUAAAAGUGAGGAGUUGAGGGAACCACUUUUAAGGGAAGAAGGAAACCGAGAAGGCCAGAGUCAGAGUAAAGGUGAAUCUCCAAAGUCUUCAUCAGCCUCUAGCGAAAAUCUGAUAUUAGAUGUACCAACUGUCAGGUCUGAGGAGGACAUAAAGCGAAAGAAGAUAAGUAGUAGAAGAGCAAGAAUGAUGGAUUUAGGUAAGAAAAUGGGAGAGAAGUUAGAGGAAAAGAGACGCUUAAUUGAGGAAAGGAGUCGGCAUGUUGUUGAAAAAAUGCGAGAAAAUACAAGGACUUGAAUUAAGCAAAUGUUGUGUUUUUUCCACUGAAUGAUGUGUUGUUUUGUCUUAAGCAGUCUUUGGGAAGGCUUAAAUUUGAGAGGUUUUGUACAGCUGCAUCGGAAUGAAACAAUCUGCAGAAAAAUGUAAAGCAUUCUUUUGUAAUCUUGUUAUAGCAUGAAAAUUUGAAAUGUACCGGUGUGAUUGUGCUAAUAGUGGUCUUUCAAAGACACUGUUUAAUGUUUAUGUAUAUUUGGUACGUCAAAACAUCAUUUUCCA